CUAAUCGAGUGAGGUGCGAGACUUUGUAAACAAUUGCCUGCUUUAUUUUUUUAAAAAAAAUUGGUGAUGGAUGAGGAGGAGGAAAAAGAAUCCAAAUCUCAGUUGAGGGAGGUUUUCGACUUCUGCGAUCGCGACGGGUCCGGUUAUUUAUCGGUGGAAGAGUUAGAAGAAUCUGCUAGGGGAUACUUUGGCGCUCAGGAUACGAAGAGGCUGGUUGAGAUUUUAUACCCUAGAGAACAUGGAGAAAUUUCUUUCGAGGAAUUCUGCGCGGGGGUCGAUACGGUCCUACAUUCUAAAGAUGGUGACACCGAUGUGGUUACAGGUCUGGACGAAGGAGAACAGCUAGAAUAUACGGUCGGUGGAUCUUUGGAGUUGGAUUCUAUUGUCAUGUCUAAGGAUGUUCCACCCACGCUACAGAUCGAAGAUUGCAGAGAAGACGUCUUUACGACAUUAGACGAGGGACUGUGCGAUAGCGAAUCUAAUAGCGACCUGAUCAACUUCGCUGAUGUUGAAUUGUACGAAACCACUGAUGAAGUAAACAAUCGAGGCAUGUACCUUCAGCCAGGAGGUCACUCUGUUAGCUCGGAUAAUUUUCAAAACCACGAUACAAACAGAACUAAUAAUAAUAAGGAAAAUCUGUUUCAACAGAGAAACACGUGGCUCCGAAGCAGCUUACGUAGGUCAUCUCGAUCAAAUAAAAGACCAUCGUCGAAUGCUUCUGCUCGUAUAUUAUUCCGAAGUUCCAGUCCGAUCAAUGGUCACGGUGCAGACUAUGAUUCCGACUUGUCUCAAGAUCAAAUUUCUGUAGAAGACGACAUUCAAACUUUAUAUGAUAAAAUUCACAAUCUCCAGAAACUACUGUCAGAACUUCAAGACGUCCAAACCGAUAACGACGACAGAUACGAAAAAGUAAAGCAGGAAAAUGUUAAUUUGAUGACAAGAAUACAUCUUUUGGAAGAACAGAUAAGAGAACAUGAGAUAAAGUCAGAAGAAAAGAUGAAGGAAGAGCAGAAGAAAUUGAAAGAACUAUUGAGCCGUCACGAGAGAGAAAAGAGUCAAGAAAUAGAAGAUUACGUGAAUAAAAUUCACAUAUUACAAAUUGAAAAUCAAAAUGCCUUGGAAGAAGUUAGUUAUCUGAAAAGUCAAGUGGAGAAGUUAAAACAGGAUAAAAUGCAGAUGGAAAUCAAACUGGAAUUGAAUCUGGUAGAAUUAACUUCGUUGAAGGAAGAGAAAAAGAAUUUGGAAGAUGCAGUUUCUCAGGAAAGAAAAAAUUUUAUGGAAGAAAAAGAAAAAAACAAAAUGCUCCUCGAACAGUUGAAGCAGAAGUCGGAAGAACUGAAGGACUACGAGGAUGACAUGAAGAAACUGGAACGUUUCCGUAGUCACAGCAUGCAGGAAUUACCUAACCAGUUCUUUGAACUUCAGAGGGAAUUGAGGCAGCUAAAGGAGGAAAAUACAAAAUUGCAGGAAACAAACGAGGAACUGCAGGCGUAUAUAUCAAAUUCUUCCAUCAUCCAAGAGCUGCCUCAGAGUUCACCAUUGCCCUUGGAGGAUGAGCUAGAAACUUUGUCGAAGGAACAGUUGAGGAAACUUCUGCAAGAACAAGAGGAAGACAACACCAAGUUGAAAAAGUACAUUGAUGGAAUUCUUCUGAACAUCGUGGAGAAUUAUCCUGAGCUGCUGGAAGUGAAACCUAUUUUGUGAUUGGCCUGUGGCCUUUUCUUUCGAAGACGGAUGCAGUUUGCAGAGCCGCCGUGGAGUUUUGUCUGACCGCCGAAGUCACAAUUUCUGCGUUUGCCAAAUUACAUGUCUUUGUAACGGAAGUUUUUGUUGCAUUGUCUUUAGAAAUGAUUGCCAGAAUAAAACUGCCGGUCCUUUAAUUACAAGUAAAACAGCAUAACAGGCGUAGUUUGUACGAACAUGUAUAUCUUUUUAACGUGCUGUAUAAGACGAGUAUAACGUAAAGUGCUACGGCUAUUUUCUACAAGUUCCAAAUGGUAUAAAUUCCAAAUCUGUGGUGCACAGCUGAAUUAAUUUGACAUUUUUGGCUUCGUCGGUUAUUCUGUUUUACUUCUGUUCAAACAAGAGAAGCAAAGCUUACAGAUAAAUUGAGGGAUGUAAUUUUAUUGUAACACAUUCUGAAAACUACCAGGAUUUUUCUUUCCUUUACUCUACUUGUGAAGAUUGAUGUAAUGCAUUAAUGUUCUUAAGCAUGUUAUGCCGCUUUAAAAUCCAUGUGCAAUUAUUCUAAAUGUCUUAAUGGGUUUGCAAAAUCGGUUCCUAAUUCUGCUUUUGAACACGGUCACAUGCAGUAUGUUGAGAUGAGACCGAAAGUGCCUUGUAACUUUAAAAAGUUUGCCAAAAAAUUCAAAAGAUAACGAUUUAAUUCUGUAAGAUUUUGUUAUAUAUACAUAUAUUUUCUAUUGCAAUAUUUAACUUGUUAAGCAUCUGCAUUCCAUGUAAAUAUUUUACAGGUCGACAUUCCGGAGACUUGAGGUGCAAUGAAUCGGUUUGUAUAUAGACGGAGGAUUAUUAUUAUUUUUUUUCUGAUACUCUAGAAUUGUGACGCGAUAUAGUUUGAUUACCGCUUCCAUCCAAUAUUUCUCUCAAGGUGGCCAAUCUGUGUCAAAUUUCAUUGUUAUAUAGUCUUAUUAACAGAUUCUGAAUUUUCUAAGUUUACAAUAAAUAUUCUUUUAUUCUUAA